CAAACAUGGAUCCUUUUAAUGUUAUUCCCCAAAAGUUACAAUGCAGUGACCCUGCAUGCAAGAAACACAGAAUGUACUUAUGCAGAUCCCACCAGAUGCAAACAUGUAAGAGCUGUGCAAACAAGAUGCACUUCAAAUGCCAGCUGGAUAUCAUCCAAGAUCUGACUGAUCUCAAGAUCGAUGUGAUCGAGGUCAAGAGAUUUGUGAAGAGACUAUUCGAGCUCAUCGCUGAGAAUGGUUUGAGAAGAUACAGUCCUCACAUUGACAGUGAACUCAAAGAUUUUAGGGAUAGCCUCGUCGAGAUCGAGAACAAAAUAAAAGAUGCAAUUACUCACGACCACUUCGAACAAUUUGACACUCUUCAGUCCGAGAUCAAGCAGGUCCAAACCCAGAUGGACGAUAGCAAAGUCGUCAAAGAUAUUUUGUACUUGUCAACAUUCAGAGAUGUCAGCAUGUACAGCCUACCCAAGAUCGGUGGUGACUUAUCAUCUGCAACAAAGGUCAAAGAAAAGAUCGAUGCUGUGGUCAAAGAAAAUGUGGAGCUGAUGGAGAAGAAGUUCAGCUCCAAAUCAAGACAAUUUGAGCAACAGUGCAAAGCCAGGCUCAACGAAGAAUUCAAAGACGAGAUCCAGAACCUGAAAGAUCUGAAUGAUGCCAAGGAUACAGAGCUUGAGGAACAAAAAGAAGCCACAGAGCAAGCACUUCAUGAUAUCGAAGAUACCAAGAAAGAAAAAGACGACGCUCUUGCUGAAAAUGCCUCAUUGAAAGAUGAGAACAAAGACCUAAAAGAUUUCAAAGCGCAGCUAGAAGAGGAUUUGAAGGCUAAACUGGAGAAGAUUGAGGAAUCCAAGCUGCAGAAUAACAAAGACCAGGAAGAGAUAUCCAAGUUGUGUGAAGAGAUAAAAGAAGGCCAAAGCCUACUUGAAGCAACAAAAGAAACUCACCAGAAUCAGCUUACUUAUAUUUUCAAAAACUUCAAUCCUAACUUUAAAGAUCUCAUUCUGAAAAUGAGGCAAGAGGACGCACAGAAACUGGUCAAGGCAAUGGGAGACAGCAAGUAUGUUCUUAAAAAGAUGAAUAAGCUCAGGAUUAAUUCGAUAUACGGCCAGGAAGGUAUAGUAGACUCCUUCAUGGAAAACUCUGUUGUCUCUUCUGUUAGGCUGUUCGCACUGAAUCUGAACAAGGUCGGAGGUGCUGGAAGUAACACGAUCCAAGCGAGUACGGUGAUGAAGGGACUGAAGAACCUUCUACCUAAGGUCACAAAGGAAGUUUAUUUGCGCUAUCUGGUAAUAAGGGAGGAUGAUCUGAGCCAGAUAGUCAAGGGUUCAUGAAAUGCGCAGAGGCUUACUGUGAGUUGUAGCAAAAUUUUAACCUCAGACUCUCUUGACUUUACAUCUGCUACUCAAUCCAAGCUUAAAUACUUAAGCUUCAAUAGUUGUGCUUAUCAUGAUUGGUGUGACAUGGAGUGGGACAAGUACCCAGACAGGUUUGAAAAGAUUGUGAUCGCGAUCAAGAAUUCCUCUCUCAAAGACUCCCUCAAGGUCCUUAACAUCCACAACUGCAAGAUUUCCCUACCCAAGAUGGAGGAACAACUGGAGACCCAUGGCCUCUCUCACAUCAAGGUAGUAGAGGAAGAUAAUAGACCUAUGUAAGAAUAACUUAGUUGCCGAAGUAAUUCCAAAAAAAUAGAUUCCAAUAGCUAGUUCCAAAUUAAU